AUGAUCUCAACAUGGGGAAUAUUAUUACUGACUGUUGUUUUGCUGGCUGAAUCGACUUUUGCAAAAAAACGUAAACUGAACCUAGAGCAACGCCCGGAUUGGGGUCUCCGAUUGAACGAAAGGGCUGAUCGAAAUUUUGGAGGAAGCGCUGCUUGGGACAAAUUAGGUCGUCCCUUCUCGCACGGUGUCUGGCAUGGAGUUCAAGGGAUUGUCAGUGGAAAUGGAGAUGAGUUCCGGCGCGCAAAACAGCAAUUCGGUCGAAUCGGCUCUGGUGGCGGAUGGAACGGACAAUCGGGAAGGGGACGAUAUGAUAGAAAA